CCCGUGAGCUAGCUGGGAACGAUAGGCCAGGGUGGUAAAGAGGCGGGUCGUAACAACUUCCACUGAGCAGGUUUCGGUCCCACGAAAGAAUACUAUAAAGCCACAGUAAUGACAUGUUUUUUGAGCAGUUAUUCACGCGUGUGACAGUUUUCGUGUGAGAUGUGAACUAUGUAAUGGAUGCAAUCCAUUCAAUCACGGUUAUGAACAAUUCAGAAUCGAAACCUGAAAUUUAAACGUAAUUAUCGUCAUCGCCGAUGAAUAAGUGGCUGCCUGUGUUCAUAUGUGUGAGAGACAGCGUCCAGCGUCUGUGAUACGCCCGCCUUGACGGAAAAUGAGAACCCCGAGACAACAGCAACAACAACGAUAAACCGAAGCAGAAACAAACAAACGGCUACGGUUUCAACCAAGAGCAGGGUCAGACCAGAGCCCGAGCCCUCAAGUUCGCCCUCGCAAUCGAAAGAAACGCCCAUUUCGCAUCGGAAUUCCAAUCCCAUACGCUCGUCAUUAAUGUCACUUUUCGCUGCCGCGGCUGACUGGCGCGCCAACUAAAAAUAGAAAAGCAAACAACUAUCCAUAUCGAAGCAGUUGCCACAGCACAUCACAGAAGCCAAGUAUUUUUCUGCAUUGCGAGAUUAAAAACAACGAACAAAAACGCCGGAGCCACCUAGACUCGGACCGACAUCACAAACACAAGGAACGAGGGAACGAGGGAAGCCAACCAAAGUAUCAAUCAAUCAAUAUUCCUGGCAAUGGAAAGUGUGGGCGACCACGUCCCGAAUGGACUGACAGGGGUCAAGUCGAACCUGGAAAUAGUCAGGGAGCGUUUCAAGGAAGACGAAAUAAUACUCUAUCUAUUUGAGGCUUAUCAGAUCAAGGGACCCGAAGACGCCAAUCGACUACUGGCGCUGGUUUCUUCGGAGUCCGGCGGGACGUUUGCCAUCAUCUCGUUUUCGUUCGUGCGCACGCCGCUUACAUCUGUAAAUGAGUUGAUCGUCAACAAAGUGUUUGCCAUUGAUGAGAGUUUCCAGCUGCAGCAAGAUUGCAAGGGAUCGAUCACGGCUUACCAAUUUGACCUGUCCACGGCCGAGGAUGGACCCAUCAAGUACUAUUUCUAUCCAAGUGAGAGCGCCAGCUAUGAAGAGUUCGUGGCCAAGAUCAUUUCCUGCAAGAGUUCCAUGGCCCGAAGCGAUCCCGAAACGGUUCUCAACUUCAGAUGGCUGAACGACUACCGCCAAAUCGGCGAGGUCAAGCAGGAGCUGAAGAAGCGCGAGAGCGAGUACAUUGUCUACAAGGAUAUUAUAAUCUAUUGCGCCACUUGGAACGUGAACAACAAACCUUGCUGCGACAGCCCUGACGGUCUGCGGUCCUGGUUGGGAUGCAGCGAGCGGGCUCCUGACAUCUAUGCCAUUGGCUUGCAGGAGCUGGACACUCCUGCCAAGGCCAUGCUUAACUCCACCCAGGUCCAGGCCAGUGUAGCCCAGUGGAACGAAAAAAUGGUGCAGAGUGUCCAUCCAGAUGUCGAGUACGAGAUCCUGCAGUACCACCGUCUGGUGGGCAUCAUGCUGACGGUGAUCGUGCGCAAGCAGUUGCGCCAGCACAUCCUGCGCUGCCGCUUUAAGUCCGUGGCACGUGGCGUUCUGAACACGCUGGGCAAUAAGGGCGGAGUGGCCAUCAGUUUGCAGUUGAACGAGGGACACAUUUGCUUUGUUAACUCCCAUCUGGCCGCCCACAUGGGCUAUGUGGAGGAGCGCAACCAGGACUACAAUGCAAUAGUGGACGGGCUCCGAUUCGACGAUGGUCGCACCAUCAGCGAUCAUGACCACAUCUUCUGGCUGGGGGACUUGAACUAUCGCAUACAGGAGCCGCCCGGGCAGCAACGACCCGGGCCGCUGACGGAUGCCCAGACGUACGAGCUGCUCCUACAAUACGACCAGCUGCGCCAGGAGAUGCGCAAAGGCAAGUGCUUCGAGGGGUACACAGAGGGCGAGAUCAAGUUUCGGCCCACGUACAAGUACGACCCGGGAACUGACAAUUAUGACAGCAGCGAAAAGCAGCGAGCGCCCGCAUACUGCGACCGAGUGCUGUGGAAGGGCACGCGCAUCGAGCAGCUGGCCUACAACAGCAUUAUGGAUAUACGACAGAGCGACCACAAACCCGUCUACGCCGUGUUCCGGGUCAAGAUCAAAACUCGCGACGAAGUCAAGUACAAGCGCGUGCAAGAGGAGGUACUGAAGGCGGUGGACAAGCGCGAGAACGACAACCAGCCACAGAUCAGCGUAGAGAAGACUGUUAUCGACUUCGGACGGGUGCGCUUCAACGAGCCGUGCAUGCAGGACUUUAACGUGUACAACAGCUGCCCGCUGCCGGUCGACUUCAGCUUCAAAGAGAAGGACAUCCACGACAUAUGCGAGAAGUGGCUGCAGGUGGAUCCACGAAAGGACAGCCUGAUGAUCGACUCGGCGCGCAGCAUACGUAUUAAGAUGGUCGCAGACGUGCACACGAUCAGGGGUCUACUCAAAAAGAUCCGCACCAGCGACAACUUCGACAUCCUCAUCCUGCACGUGGAGAACGGACGCGACAUCUUCAUCACAGUCACGGGUGAUUACCAGCCCAGCUGCUUUGGCCUCUCAAUGGAAACGAUGUGUCGCACUGAUCGCCCGCUUAGUGAAUACUCACAGGAGCAGAUCAAGCACCUGAUGAAUGAUGACUCACAGGAAUAUUGUGUGACGAUGCCACGCGAGUUCUUUCUGCUCAUCGACUACUUGCACAAGCAGGGAUCCAAGCUUGAGGGCGGAUUCCACACUUUCGAGCCGCGAAAAUCUGUGAACGCACACUUCAAUGUGGUGCGCGACUGGCUCGACACGUGGUCCGACGAAGAGUUUCCUGGAACUCCACAAAGCGCUGCACAGGCGUUGCUGCUCCUGCUGGACCUGCCCGAGCAGGCGCUGCUUGAGCCAUUUGUCGAAGAUCUGCUGGCGUGCAAUAGCAAGUCGAAGGCCAUGGACUACAUAGCCCUGCUCAGUCCACCGAAACGCAAUGUAUUCAUGCACUUGUGCAUGUUCUUGCGCGAGGGCAUCGAGUGCCAGUACUACGAGCUGCAUCAAGUCGCUGUCACCUUUGGUCGUAUUCUUCUGCGGAGCAGCGAGUGCAAGGCCUGGCCGGACUACAAAGUCCGUUGCAGUCAAUUUAUGCGUCUGUUUAUCGAAAGCGACGGUGCUGAUUCCCUGGCCAAUAGAAACGAAGGAGCUGGAGCGGGAUCGAAAGCCGACCUACCAGCAGCAUAGUUAUUCAGUAAAAUGUCGAUAUUUAUCUAUAUUCAUAGGGUUAAUGUAUUUAUUUUACUUGUUGGUACUUUGUUGGAACGCCUACGAGAAGGUUCCGUCCGGCAUUUAUGUACGUUUCUCUGUUUUACAUGUUACUUGUUUAUAAAAUCCCGUUCGAGAUGUCCGUCGCGUGGCAUGCUCUUCAUUCCAACUCCCUUCUGGGUUCUCCUCGAAUUGUUUCGUACUUUAAGUAGUUCUGUGUUGAGGCAAGUGUUAAUCUUCCCUAUGCGACCCACUCGAAAGUACCAAAAACAUGGAGUCACACGGAAAAGUGCAGGCAGUCUAAGACAUUGAGCCUGCUCAGACGUUUAAUCUUGUCAGGUGAAUAUCAGUUUUACGCUUAACAACACAACCCCUGGCUCUCACGCAUGAAAAAACGAAUCUGGAGACCGAUAAUCACUGGAAUUUCAUGUGGAAAUAGACCACAUAGCUAUAAGUAUGUACAUAUAGCAUUCAGAUGUACUAUGUAUUGUAUUGUGGGCUUAGAAAUUUAAAUACACGAACGUAGCGUA